AUGCCCAAGAAGAUUAAAAAAUCUCUUAAACAUUACAUAUCCAAGAUCAAAAACACUUCUCACCCACAAAUUCAUUUAGUACCCUCUAAGAAAUGGGUUCUCUCAAGUUGCAAGCAUCCAAGGACACCUUCUUUUGCCUUGGAAAACAAGAAAAAAGACACCAACAAAGAUGAAGAAGCGACCCUAGCCGAUGUGGAUCGCUUUCUCUUCGAGAAUUUCAAGUCGCUUUAUCUAAAAGACGACGAUGAAGAAGCUACCACUGCCACUAUCACUGCCACCACAAUCGCCACAAAAAAUAAGGAGUGUAAUAAAUCUAAAAAGGUAGCGGAAGAAAAAAGCUAUGAUGAUGAACACAAAGAUAUAAAAGUAGGAUCUUCUCCUAUUUUUUAUGAUGACAUAAUUGAUCUACGUGGAUCUAAUAGAUUCUUUAUGCCACGUGCACUCUCAGAGUCAUAUUCGUUUAGGAAUACGACUCUGAGAGGUGAUGACGAUGAAAUUAUAUCAAAUUCAACUUCAGUAUCAACACAUAAUAAUUCGUCACCAUCUUCACAAUUAUAUCAUAGUGCAAAAACUUAUGUCCAAGGUCAUAAUCAUCACGAUCGUGAUUAUAGUGAACGUGAUCAUAGGCUUGUGGAUAACUGUGUGGCCGUGUUGGCAUCUUCGGAGAGCCCUUAUGAGGAUUUCAAGAAUUCCAUGCAAGGAAUGGUGGAUGCAAGGGUAAGGAACAACCAAAGGGUGGAUUGGGAUUUCAUGGAAGAGCUCUUGUUUUGUCAUAUAAAUUUGAAUGACAAGAAGUUGCACAAGUUCAUACUAAGUGCUUUUGUGGAGUUGGUCACUGCCUUGCGCCAGCAGCCGGAGAAUAAUCCUCCGGCAACGGCUGGGAAGCCACGGAGCGUUCGAACGGUGAGAAGUGGAAAUUUGGAUGGGAGGUAG